CAAUAGCACAAAGCUCAUAACUCAUAACAUUGCAAAAAAAAACAUUGGAGAAUUCAUCCAUCUGAAGAUGGGUUCCCUUCAGACACCGAUAGGAAUGAGAAGCUCCUCGUUGUUAGAUACAUCCUGCGGAUAUUUUCUCAGAGAGUUACAGAUGAUAUGGGAUGAAGUUGGAGAAGAUAAGUUUGAGAGAGAAAAAGUGUUGCUUGAUAUAGAGCAGGAAUGUGUAGAGGCUUACCGGAGAAAAGUUGACCAGGCCAAUGUUUCGAGGUCUCGUCUACAUCAAGAGCUGGCGGAAUCUGAAGCCGAACUCACCCACUUUCUUUUGUGCCUCGGUAAAAGAUCAGUACCUGGAAGGCCGGAAAAAAAGGGAGGAACAUUGAGAGAGCAGCUGGAUUCUAUUGCGCCUGCACUGCGUGAGAUGAGGCUGCGGAAAGAUGAGAGAGUGAAGCAGUUCCGAACUGUCAAAGGGGAAAUUCAGAAAAUUUCAGCAGAAAUAGCAGGUAGAUUGACAUAUGAAGACUCAUCUAGACAGAUAACCAUAGAUGACAAUGAUCUUUCUGAUAAGAAACUUGAGGAAUAUCAGAACGAACUGCAUAGGCUCAAUGAUGAGAAGAAUGAGAGACUACAGAAGGUUGAAAUAUACAUAUGUGCCAUUCGAGAUCUAUCAGCAACAGUGGGAACAGAAGCAUCAAUGAUCAUAACAAAGAUUCACCCAAGCCUAAACGACCUCUAUGGAAUAUCCAAAAACAUCAGUGAUGAUAUCUUAAAAAAGCUCAAUGGCACUGUUGUGUCUCUCGAGGAGGAAAAGCACAAGCGCCUUGAAAAGCUUCACCAUCUUGGAAGAGCUUUAUCGAACCUGUGGAAUUUAAUGGAUGCAUCUUAUGAAGAUCGUCAAAAGUUUUCUCACAUCAUUGAUUUACUGUCAUUCGCACCAUCAGAUGUGUGUGCUCCUGGCAGCAUUACAUUGGACAUAAUUCAGCAGGCUGAGGCUGAAGUCCAGAGACUAGAUCAACUGAAAGCAAGCAGAACCAAAGAACUUUUCUUCAAGAAGCAAAAAGAACUUGAAGAUACAUGCAAGAUAUCACAUAUGGAGACUCCAUCAACUGAAAUGGGAAAUAUAACAAACCUAGUAGACUCUGGGGAAAUUGACCAUGUCGACCUUCUCACCGCCAUGGAUGAAAAGAUAGCAAUUGCAAAAGAAGAAGCAGCAAGUAGAAAAGGAAUAAUUGAAAAAGUGGAUAGGUGGAUGUUAGCUCGUGAUGAAGAGCGCUGGCUAGAAGACUAUGACCAGGACGAGAAUCGGUACUCGGUAAGUAGAAACGCUCAUCGAAACCUAAGGAGAGCAGAGCGGGCACGCAUAACAGUUAGCAAAAUCACAGGAUUAGUGGAAUCUAUAUUGGUUAAGACUAAGAGCUGGGAAACAGAAAGACAGAAAGUCUUCCUGUACGAUGAGGUACCUCUUGUGGCAAUGUUACAAGAAUACAAUAAGCUGAGGCAGGAAAAAGAAGUGGAGAAGCAAAGGCUCCGGGAAAUGAAGAAGAUGAUCAUUCCAAAACCGGUGGCAGAGCCAGAUAACUUUUAUAUGGCAAGGCCAGCUACCAGCAACCGUCGAAUAUCAAACCGAAGCAUCAAUGGUGGAUAUGGCAGUGCAAGUCCUAUAAACAGAAAGUAUUCAGGAGGAUUCAACAAUGCUAGUAAUUACACAGCCCUUGGCACAUCAAUGAGAAGAGAAAACAUAAAGAGCCAAGCAUCAAAAAUACCUUUCCUUAGGCCGCUUAACCGUGACGACACAACUUCAGUUGUAUCACUGUUUUCAGGUCCAAUGUCUCCUUGAGAGACUUUUAAUUUCACAUGUUUUCACAUUCAAAAAUAAAAUUAAUAUUUCCUGUAACAACAAUUGACUUGAAGUUAUGACUUUUGGGAUAUGUGUGUCAAACAAA